CUGCAGGUGGCGAUAGAGCGGUUGCUCAACCUCCGGCCAGCUUUCAUUUCAGCCGAAGAGGAAACGGCGGUGGUUCGGUUCGUCAUUAGGCUGAUCCGAAACUACUCGUCCCCUCUCGGCGUCGACACGCGGACACAGGCGCACUUUCCCCGGCUGCCCUCCCCCCGAAGUCCGGGAUGUCUUUCCUGGCCAAGGCGAAUCCCAGCCGGCUUCUGUUGGACGACAGCGUCGCGCUGACGGCGGCGAUCGAAGCCAGUCAGAAGCUCCAGUCCCACACGGAGUACAUCAUCCGAGUGCAGAGGGGCGUGUCCUCGGAGAACAGCUGGCAGGUCAUCCGGCGCUACAGUGACUUUGAUGUUCUCAACAACAGCCUGAUGGUGUGCGGCGUCAGCCUUCCUCUGCCGCCCAAGAAGCUGAUCGGCAACAUGGACCGCGAGUUCGUCGCCGAGAGGCAGCGCGGCCUGCAGGCCUAUCUGGACGCCGUUACCCAGCAUCCUUUGCUGUGUGUCGCCCUGCCCGUCAAGAAGUUCCUGGACCCCAACAACUACGCUGUCAACUACACAGAGAUCGCCCUGCAGCAGGUCUCCAUGUUCUUCCGCUCGGACCCCAAGUGGGAGGUGGUGGAGCCCCUCCGAGACGUCGGCUGGAGGAUCAGGAAGAAGUAUUUCCUGGUGAAAAACAAAGAACAAGGCAAGGAGAGCUACCUGCUCAGCUGGGUGGACAUGGGCCCUGACAAGUUCCUGUCUGACAAAGACCUGCAGUCGACCAUGAAGCUCCUCGCCGGCCUCUCCAGUCCGUACGUGUGCCCGCUUUUGUUCUCCAGCACCGGUGAGUCUUCGGCGCUCCUCAUCCGACCUUUCGGAGAGGCGGGCUCCCUGCGAGACCACCUCUGUAAGGCGAACCCCAGAGAGAACUUCCUGAAGAAGUACGCCAACCCCAAGAAGAGUCGACCUCUUGAACUGUCGCACAUCAAACUCUACGGCCGACAGAUACUGGAGGGCCUCCGACUCCUCCACGAGAGCGGCCUAUUUUUCGGCCACCUGCACGCGUCCAACGUGUUGCUGGAUGAGGGCGCGUGCCGCCUGACGGACGUGGAGAACGGCUUGCUGGGAGUUCCCUCGGCCCUACGACCCGCCGUCACCCGCUUCAGGAAGAUUAACACGACAGAAAGCGUGGACGUCUUCUGCUUCGGCCAUUUACUUUACGAGAUCACUUACGGCCGACCGCCUGGCGGCGUCCCCGUGGACGCGUAUCCCGACGCCCCCUCCGCGGCCGUGGUGUCGGUGCUGCGGUCCAUCUUGUCCACGGAGGCCUGCAAGUCGCGGAUGCCCACGGUGUCGCAACUCAUUCAGACACCGCUGUUCAGUGACGUGGCGCUGCAGCACUCUGAGAAAGUGCCGAUCAGGGUGCCCAGCAGGCUGAAGGAAGCGCUGAGAGCGGCCAAGGAACGUGUGGAGAAACGACUGCAGGAGGAGCAGAAAAUGCUGCACCAGCACAGGAGGCUGACCAGAGCGCAGUCUCAUCACGGCUCCGAGGAGGAGAGGAAGAGGAGGAAGAUUCUGGCCAGGAAGGUACGGCGGCAUGCGUCGUCUUCACGCCCGAACUCAAACGCGACACGGCGCGCGCUGGUUGCACAACCUUGUGGGUCUUUGCAGAAGUGCAGGCAGUCGACGUGUGAAAACGAAGAUGACUCUGUUUCCGUCCGAAACAACAACAAUUCUGGCUCGGGCGCCAGUUCCCCUCCCACGUGCCCCUCGUCCCCCACGCCUCCGCCCACCGCAGGUGGUCCUCCUCCUCCUCCGCUGCCGCCGCCUCCCACGCUGGACUCCUCCUCCUCGUCCUCCUCGGCUUCCAGCUGCUCGUCGUCGGCCGCCCCGCUCCCCGCAGGUCGCGCCGCCUUGCUGAGCUCCAUCCAGGCCUUCAGCAAAGGCAAACUGAAGAAGGCCCAGACCGUAGACCGCGGCCGGCCCGUCUUCUGACCGCCGCCCGUCGCCCUGCGACGCUCCCUCACAUGUGAAGACAAAUCCCGAACAAAACAAUCCAAAUGUUUAGUUGACAUUCCUACUCGGGGCUUGUUUUUUUGUACAUUUGGUGUCGAUUGGGAACGGAACCGAAACAAGCUCCCAGCGAAUGCUGGAAAACCGAAUGCUGACCUUGUGCGGUGAAGAUAACAUCCAGCUGCUUUCUUCCGGAUCGUUCUUGAUCCAAACAUCUGUUGUUAUGGGGACUUCCGGAUUGCCAGCCUGGAACUGGAACAUCAUCUUCCUUCUGACUGAGGCGUAUUAUCCCCGGAAGCGUUCUGAGUCGUUGGUCUGUUUCAAAAGAAUAUUUUCUGGGAAAAAAAUCUGCAGUUUUGGGGUGAAAUAACAAAAAAACCUAAAGAAAGAACUGGAAACCAUUUGUUGCAAGGAAAUUGAGGAAAUAAUUAAAAUGUUACAUUUUUAUAUUAAGCACAUCUCCAUUUAAAUAAAAAAAAAAUACCCACAAAAGUUUUGGAAAAUGUCCAAUGAAAGGAUGUAUCUCCAAUUAUUUUUUUAGCCCAAAAAACUAAACCUUUGCUGGAUGUUUUUGUUGGUCCAAAAAGAAACUUUAAACAUGGGAAGAACAUUGUCCUCACGAUUUGUGGAUAGAAGAUACAUUUUAUUUCCUUAUACAACGCGGAAAUGUCCAAUUAAGUGUUUUUCUUUUUUUUUUUUUUUCACCUUAACAUAAAAAAACAAAAUGAAUUUUCUUGUUUUGGUUUAAAAAAAACUAACUUUUUUAUUUAUUUUUUUUAUUUUGGAUCAACCUAAAAAUGUCGCCAUGUUUUUCCUGGGGCAAUGAUAUUUUUGUGUGAGAUAGUUGAGCAAAUCUAUGGACAAAAUGACCUUUUUAUGUAGCAACUACAUUCAUUCAAUCGUUUUUUUUUUUUUUUUUUUUUUCUCUCCAUCUUAACAAAUCCAAUGACAAGCCCGCCUUUUUUUGUGUUUUUUUGUUGUUUUUUUUGGCUCCAAAGAAGGAAAAGUCAACAGCUGGAGAUGCAUAUUUUUCCAUAUAGCAUUUAUAUAUUUGUUCAAGCCAGUUAAGCGCGCGUAAAGACAAUUUGAAUAAGGGUCGCGUUCAGACUUUUACACUUUUAUGUUUUUAUUGUUCAUGAAACUGCCCGACGACUCGUGUGGUGUUAAAACGUUUGCGCCAUCCGAGCUUAUAUUCUACUUUUAUUGCGCCAUAUAUGAUAUGAUAUGAUCUGAUCCUUGUGCCUAUAGAUGAAUGUGUUCAGGAUUACGGAUUGGAUUUUGGAUGGCAUUUGAAUGUUUGUGGUUCGUUUAUGCGGCCUGUUGCAAUCCACUUGAAUUGAGGCCGAAUGUUACUCCGCAGCACUUUACCCCCCCCCCCCCCGAGGCAAAUUUUGUGAUGUCAAUAUAAACAAUAAAUAAAGUCCCAGCUAAUGGUGGAUGCUUUGAU